UGGGAAGGCUGGGUUAGCGGGUGGAGCCGGGAGAAGCAGCCCAGUAAGUGCACAGUCAACAACCAAAGCAUCCGAGAUUACUACAGACACACCAAUAGCAACGAAAUCACCCUUGAAACCCAAAGUCGUCAUUUUUAAAAGCAAUUUUAUUUGCAGAAAUAAGACAGAGUCGCGUUUUUUCCUGAUUUAUUUGUGAGUUCCUCGCGCCCACCAGGUUGAUUUGCGGCUCCACGUCGCCUCCUUUCAUCGCUUUCACAGCGCGGAUGAAAAAGAUUUUGUAAAAUCACCUUUAACUGAUUCCUCUGCUGUUUUACCAUCUUUCUGUCCGGGGUCCUGGAUUUACUCAGAGGAGGAGCGGGGAGCCGAUCAGCCGUCGUUGUCUUGGUUCCAGGGAGCACGUGACCCCGGAGAUGAACAAGCUUCGUCAGAGUCUAAGGAGGAAGAAGCCCACCUAUGUGCCAGAGGCCAGCAGACCACAUCAGUGGCAGGCUGACGAGGAGGCUGUACGAAAGGGCAAAUGUAACUUCACUGUUCGGUACCUGGGGCUGGUGGAGGUGGAAGAGUCGAGAGGGAUGCACGUUUGUGAGGAGGCAGUGAAAAAGCUAAAAGUUAGUGGCAAAAAGACAGUAAAAGCUGUACUGUGGGUUUCAGCUGAUGGACUCAGGGUAGUGGAUGACAAAACCAAGGACCUCAUUGUGGAUCAGACCAUAGAGAAGGUUUCAUUCUGCGCUCCUGACCGUAACUACGACAAGGCCUUCUCGUACAUCUGCAGGGAUGGAACUACCAGACGGUGGAUGUGUCAUUGCUUCAUGGCUCUGAAAGACUCGGGGGAGAGACUGAGCCAUGCGGUCGGCUGUGCCUUUGCUGCUUGUCUGGAGAGAAAGCAGAGGAGGGAGAAGGAGUGCGGUGUGACGGCUUCGUUUGAUGCCAGUCGCACCUCAUUUGUGCGUGAGGGCUCGUUCCGCAUCAACUCAUCUUCCAGCCAGCAGGGCAGCAGCAGCGAGCGAGAGGACAAGCUGCAGGAUAAGAAGAAAGAUCAGCCUUCUGUCAUCCCAGCACUCCCACCCGGCACUGCCUCCCCGCCCGAGGGUGCAGCGUCCCCAAUGGAGCGCCCAGAACCGGGCGGGCCCCACGCCAUCCCUCGCCGCCACGCGCCCAUUGAGCAGCUGGUGCGGCAAGGCUCAUUCCGAGGAUUUCCAGCUCUCAGCCAGAAGAACUCUCCCUUCAAGAGGCAGCUGUCGCUCCGCCUCAACGACCUGCCAUCCACCCUGCAACGCAAGACCGACUUCCAGGCCAAAAACCCUGUACCAGAGAUGGACAUGGGGUUACCAUGUGAGGGUGACAGUAGUAUUAAUGCCCUGUGCAGCCAGAUCAAUGCCUCCUUUGCAAAGCCGUCGGACGAGCUCUUCUCCAACCCCUCAAUGUCAGCAAAUGGACCACCAACUUGCACUGUGCCCCCUGUCCUGCCUCCCCCACCUGCACCGAUGCAGGCCACUUCAUCUUGGGUUCAGCCAGAAUCUUCACUCAACUCCCCUCCUCCGGUUUCCGUGGCAAUGCACAGCGGCCACAAACGCACGCCCUCAGAGGCAGAGAGAUGGCUGGAGGAGGUCUCUAAGGCUCUCAGACCCCAACUGACACCGCCUUCAGGCCCCACUAUCCCCACUAUCCCCGGGCCACCUUCUAUGACCAGUCAUCAAAUAUCCACUCAAGCAGCCAUGUCAGCUGCCCCAGUCUCAACUGUUCCCAUGCCCCUGGGCACCUUGUCCAAACCUCUUAUCUCUGGCCCUUCUACACUUUCAGGUCAAACCUCAAUGCCUCUCCCACCAAUGUCCAUAUCAUCUGUUCCUUUAAUACCAGGCCCUCCAGUGUCCGGUCCCCCUAUGUCUCUUCCAUCUAUGUCCAUCCCCACCAUGUCAGGUCCGAGCAUGUCCGGAGCACCUAUGUUACAGCCCUCUCUUCCUGGACCCCCGGGUUCUCUUCCAAGCUCCAUGCAACCAUUCCCUCUGGUAUUUGAUGCCACUCCAGCCCCUGUGGGAAUGUUUGCCAGCCAACCUGUCCAACCUGCUUUCGUGCCCAUGCAGACCUACAUGCCAGGCCUGGCCAGCAGUAUGACCUAUCCCAAUACCAGUGUGCCAGUGGUAGGCAUCACACCAUCACAAAUGGUGGCCAACGUCUUCUGCACCGCCACUGGCUCAUCAGGAACAGGUGCUACCAUGGGCUCGGCCACAGGAGGUUCCAAAGUGGGUGCGUUAGGAACAGUUGGACAUCACCAUUCCUAUCCAGGAGCCCCUGGUGGAGCUGGACACCCCGCAGGUUUCUCCACAACCACAUUUUCCUCCACUCCACCGCUGUCUACAGCCAUUAAUGGUCUCCCACCACACAGCAGCGCCACAAUGACCCUCCAGAAUGGGACCUCCAGUAGUGGAGGGAAUGGUGGCAGCAGUAGCAGCUGGCCACCAGAGGGCAGCCAGCUAACAGCCCCGGUGGUCAGCGACUCCCAAGAAGAUGACCGCUUUGAAGCCAAGUGGGCGGCACUGGAGACAAAGUCGGCACCUCAGCAGCCAGGAAACAGGUCGCCGGCUGGCGCACCCAACCCGUUUUCCAACAAUCUGCAAAAGACUUUUGAGAUUGAGCUCUGAGCAACACUUGGUCUCCCAAAGCUGUAGCACUAGUUCUGGAGCUGAAGCUCAAGGAAGCCAGGCACUAACUCCAGCUUCUCUGCUUAAAUGGAAUGUGAGUCAUGGGAGUCGACAGAGCCUCCAACCUGUGGCAGCCUAGCAAAUCGCUAAAACCUCUAAUAGGACUCAGUGCUACAAUUAUCUUAAUUACUUUCUUUAUGCUCUCAUGUGAGACAGAGAUGAACUUGGCAAUUUGCUGGGCUGCAAUCGGAGGAUCAGGUCUCUAAAUCUCUGAAGUUGUUGGACUGAGUCCUUCCUCCUCACCUGACACCUGCCUCUCCUCGUUGCUUUCACUGUGGAUGUACUACAUGUGCCCCCUUCUGAGAUCACUGCAGGGGGGACACGAUUCGCUGGUUUCUUUCUUUAAAAGUUGACUCCUCUUAGAUGCAUUCCAAUCCCAUUAGAUGUUUUUGGAAGUUUUGCGUGAUUUUAUUUUUCUGGGGGAUACAGCUACAUCACAACAAUGAGGAGAAGCAGAGGUGAUAUAAUAAACGGACGGAUGCUGAUCUUAAAGCACAGCAGAGGCCUGGAUGCCUGAAAGGACUUAAUGGCAGAUUGUAGAGAUUUAUGGCCAAAAUGAUUUUAUUUAUUGUAUUUUAUUAUUUUUUUUAACAUGUUAUGUGUACUUUAAAAAAAAAUCCCAAAUUUAAAGCAGUGUUUCAGGAGCAUGUUUGUUUUUUCUCUAAAUUCCCCCUCAUAUUUAUUUUUUUGAAUCAUAAAGAGUAGGGAACAAAGAGUCAACAGGUAAGACUGGGCAGUAGAAAAGGAAAAGCACUGUGGGAAUCAGAGUCAUGUGACAAGAACCAAACAACCAGGGCAGUGUGGGAAGUGAGACAGGUGUAUAUAGCGGCAUGUUUCUUCCACCUGUUUGCCCCACAGUGUUUCUGUGCUUUACUUUUGCAGCGGCCAGCUGAGUCAGUAUGGCAUCACUUGGCUGUGUGGCCUGUUUCUGUUGGUAAUGCCUAACAACAAGAGCACCGGGGCACAAAAAAUCACUUCAGGAUAACCAGCACACAGACUCUGGACAAUAUAGCACAUAACAAUCCUUUGGACUCCAAACCUAAGGAACUUUAACAACUCAGUGGAAAAAAACAACACCUCUACGACACUGUGCAACUGGUUGAAAACUAAUGCACUACAUUCCAACAUUCAUAACUCCAUAUACGUCUACAAACACAGGGUAUAGUCUUAUCAUGUACAAUAUAAUUGUGUACUCAUGCUGCACUCUACGGGAAAGGUGAAAAAAGCUGACAGACAUAAGCUGGUACCAUGACAGAAUCACGAUUAGUGAAUGUAACACAAAGAUUCAGACAUUUUACCAGACAAUACUGUAACAACGGUUAGCCGGAAGGGAGGAAAGAGACAGCAGCAGCUGUACUUGAGCAUCUGAAGGACAGAACAGAGCCAUACCUUUAAGGAGCGAGGUGGAGGAAGUCUGAAGGAGGAGACAUUAGAUAAGACGUGAUAAGAAAGGACACACAAGUGAGAGGCAGAUUGUGUGAAAACACAGAACAAAGACACAUUCAUCACGUAGCACACAACACCAUCUCUGUCUGCUGGCUUUUCUCUUCUUUUUUCACUUUUUUUUUAAAAGGCUGAGCAACUUACAUCUCAGCAGCAUAGUCCUCACCUUUCAAAACCUCUUCUGAUCAUGCAUUUGAUCACUUUUAAAAGAAAUAUUGCUUAUUAUAUAACUGCAAUGUCAUAAAGAAGAUGUUUCCUUACUAUGUGCAACUCAUGAUAUAGUUUAAACUCCAAUAAUGUCAUCAAAGUUUUCAGCAUUUUGAGUUUGGAUGCUUUUAAGAUUCAGCGUUAUGAAAAGGAAAAUUUGUUCAUUGUUGAAGGGCUUCCCGCAGAAUGUCUGUCUCUGUUAUCUAAACUGCAAUCUGAUCCUGUUGGGCUCCUUUGGAAUUAAACUAUGAAUAUAUCCUGCCACUCUUAACAUUUCCUUUACGAAACUUAUUUGGUCUCUUCCUGUAGCAGCAGACUUUUCUGAGAAUCCAAAUUCAUGAAAAUAAUUUGCACCACUUCAUGUCUUUCUUUAAUUUUUUCCCCAUAAAUCAGUGCUUCUUCUUCUUUGAGCAAAUCCAGAUUGCUUUCAUUACCCAACUUUCUCUCCAAAAUGAGACAGAUUCGCUCAUGAAAUUGAUGCUUUUGUGUUAAUAUAAAUAUUUUAGUCCUCAUCUCUUGUUUGCACGCCCUCCAAAUUAUAAAUGUAGGUUAAUUGUGUUCCGCGUUAAAGCAAACUAAAUGACCUCAUAAACUUGAUUGUAAAAGCAUAGUUUAGUGAUGGUAACAAAGCAAACCAGUGGAGUUUAUUUUAAUCUUUAUUUACAGAAUUUUUGUAUUUAAACCAACAUAUUUGUAUUGUAAUUACAUUGUACAAAAGAUAAAUAAAGUAAUAUAAUAUUA